AUGAAGUUUAGCACAAUGUUUUACUCUGUAUUUGACCUGAAUGGCAUGCUGGAGGUAGGAACAUUUUUACCAACUACAAAAUAGAAAGAGAAAACAAUGAAAGGAGCGGACAAAGCGAUUGUGGCAAAGUCCUUUGGAAAAUGGAAAAGCAGCUCUCUAAGGUCCAGGACCAUGGAGAAGCCGGAUGAGCCGUCCGAGGAGAGUAAGGAGGAGAACCUAUCCAACUGCACCUGUGAAGCCCCCCCACUCGGCAAGAUACCAGUUGAGAAUGAAUUACACGAUCACCUCCUGAGAGAUAACACGUGUGAAAGCAUCAACCAGGGUGGAGAGUUUGGAUCUGGCAUCUUAUCCUACACAGCGCUCGGAAAACAACAAUCAAAGAUGGAUUCUGACGGUGAGGACCAAACCGUGAAAACAUGUACCAGCAGCACAGGGCUAGCCGACUGCAGCACUGAGAACCAAAGCCCAUAUGGGUCCAUGGCUAGGAAGAGGAGUGCACAGGAAGGGGUGCAGGGCGCCCCCGUCAACAAGAGAAAGUCCCUGCUGAUGAAGCCCCGCCACUACAGCCCCAGCGAGGCAUGUGAAGAGGAGAGUGAGGACCUGGCACUGCCACAGGACAAAGACGAGCUGAGGAACAUUGACACUCCAGCAGAUGGAAACUUAAAUGCAGUCAAUGGAAUGGCCAACAGAAAUGGCUGCCGAGACGCAGCGGCAAAGUCAAACGAUUCGCUCGGAUGGUCUGAAGUUACAUCGAAUGGCUCUCCACAGUGUGAAGUCGACACACCCGAACCUCUGAUGGAUGAAGAUGAAGAGGAACUCCUUAACAACGAAGAAGAAGACCAAAGUCAAGACAGGAUGAGCGGUACACCAUCACCACAGAGUCCGUACAGAGACAUGAGGGAAGCUGAAUGGGAGCCUCUGUCUUUGUCUGCUAAGGUGAACGGCUCCAACUGCAGCCCCUCCGGAGCCUCUGAAGACCUUUCAGGCAAGAAUGGCCAUGUGAAAGAAGAGCCUCACAUAGGACUUGGUGGUCCAAUGGGUAGAGGAAACAUUUUUCAGGCUGAGGCACUGAGAUACAGGCCGCUCCCAACAGAGGAGGACAGCGAAGGGGAGUCAGAGAUGGAGAGGCCACCUCGGCUGGACGGCUGGGCACUGGGCCUCCAUGAGAGAGGCCUCGAAAUGAGCCGAGGCAGAGUGAACUUCAGCCUGUUAGAGCAGGCCAUAGCUCUGCAGACAGAGCAAAGACAAGUCCUACACCAUGCCUACAGAGAGAUGGACCGGUUCCUCAUGGAGCAGAUGACCAAUGAAAGAAGGCACCAUAGAAUGAUAGACAUGGACAGCAGACUCAACUAUCACGGAGGAAAAGAUUCUCCACGGACAGAUAAGAAGGAUAUAAAGUGUCCAACUCCUGGCUGCGAUGGCACUGGUCAUGUGACCGGCCUGUACCCACAUCACAGGAGUUUGUCUGGAUGUCCUCAUAAAGUCAGAGUUCCUCCAGAGAUCCUGGCCAUGCAUGAGAACGUCCUCAAGUGCCCUACACCUGGGUGCACAGGAAGAGGCCAUGUCAACAGCAACCGUAGCACCCACCGGAGUCUCUCAGGCUGCCCCAUCGCUGCUGCAGUGAAAGUGUCCAAACCUCAGGACGAGAGCCUGAAAUGCAGACAAACACCUGAUCGCUCACCGAGAAACAUCGGCUUGAUAAAGAAGUUCGAGAUGAACCAGUUAAACUACAGGCUCUCUCAUCCAGUAGCAGCCUUGCAAACGAGCCUCACAAAAGACAUGGACAAGUACAGCAGAAUCCGCUUUGAUUACGCUAGCUUUGAUGCACAGGUCUUUGGGAAACAGCCUCUGAUGGGGACCAACCAGGACCAGGAAAUCGCACAUUUCCCUGAUUCACCUCAGCAGUAUCCUGGCUUCCUUGGUGCUCCAGGUGGCCGCUUGCCCACCUCCGGUCAGCACAGCCCACCGAGUCAAUUCAAAAAAGAAGACGGUCUCCAAGCUGCCGCAGCGACCGCCGCCAUCCUUAACCUCUCCACUCGCUACCGGAAGAACAUGGAGGCUGUCACUGGCCGGCCCUUGGCAACCUCCACAAAGGACAUGCUCAUAGAAGUCGAUGAAAAUGGCACCCUGGACUUGAGUAUGAAGAAGUGUAAGGAUAACGUGAAGGCCCACACAAAAACACCUUCGGAUGACCCCAUGUCUCCCCCUGAGUCCACUGUGGCCAAAGGCGGCAGCGUGCUCAUCAGCCCCGCCUUCUACCAUCCGCUGUGUGAGAGAGACAGCUGGGAGAGCCCCAUCCCUGUUAACUUCAGCAAAGCACACAUUUUACAGGACAAAGAGCCGGAGGAUUUUGAUCAGGUCUCCUUGGAGGACCAGCACUACCAAGGAGACGCUAGCAUGAAGAGCUCCAAAGCCAAGCUGCUAUUACGAGACUCAAAGAAGGAGCUUUUGAGCUGUCCGACCCCAGGCUGUGACGGCAGUGGCCAUGUGACGGGGAAUUAUGCAUCACAUCGGAGUGUGUCUGGAUGUCCCCUGGCUGACAAAACACUCAAAUCACUGAUGGCAGCCAACUCUCAGGAACUAAAGUGCCCAACACCUGGUUGUGAUGGAUCUGGACACGUGACUGGGAACUAUGCUUCGCACAGAAGCUUGUCAGGAUGUCCACGUGCCAGAAAGGGAGGUUUGAAGCUCACACCAAACAAGGAUGAAAAAGAUGAGCAAGAGCUUAAGUGUCCAGUAUUUGGAUGUGAUGGACAGGGCCAUAUAUCGGGGAAAUACACAUCCCACCGCAGUGCAGGCAGUUGUCCGCUCGCUGCCAAAAGACAGAAGGAGUCGUCCAUCAAUGGGCUGCCCUUUGCCUGGAAGGCCAAUAAACAGGAACUGCCCCAUUGUCCCUUGCCUGGCUGCAAUGGCCUUGGACAUGCCAAUAAUGUGUUUGCCACUCACAGAAGCUUGUCGGGUUGCCCACUGAACGCACAGAGUAUCAAGAAAAAGCACUCAGAAGAAGAGAUGACUAUCAAACUGAAAGCCAGCAGUGGUGUUGAAAACAAAGAGGACAUUCAACACUUGGAUCAUGAAAUACACGAACUGAAUGAAUCCAACAUGAAAAUAGAAGCAGACAUGAUGCAACUCCAAACCCAGCAGAUCUCGUCUAUGGAAUGUAACCUGAAGACAAUUGAAGAGGAGAACAAGAUGAUCGAACAGCACAAUGACAGCCUUCUGAAGGAGCUUGCUCGCCUUAGCCAAGCCCUCAUUAACAGUCUAACAGACAUUCAGCUGCCUCAAAUGGGACCCAUCAGUGAGCAUAAUUUUGAAGCCUAUGUGAACACAUUAACUGAUAUGUACAACAACUCGGAGCAUGAAUACUCCCCAGAGUGCAAGGCCCUCUUGGAUAAUAUCAAACAGGCUAUUAAGGGCAUCCAUGUUUAA